AUGUCUACUACUACAUCACAUCCAUUUGAUCAAACACUUGCAUCAGCUUAUGUAAAUCUUGCUGAUGAACGCCUUGGUGCUCAAGCAUUAGCUAAUUCUGAUGAAUUUUUUGCUCCAGCAUCUCGUAUGCUUAAUUCAGCAUCAGCUGUUUUUCAUGCUGGACGAUAUGAUGAUCAUGGUCAAUAUAUGGAAGGAUGGGAGACUCGUCGAAAACGUGUUGCUGGUUAUGAUUGGUGUAUUGUACAAUUAGGUUUACCAGGACAAAUUGUAGGUGUUGACAUUGAUACAAGUCAUUUCACCGGAAAUUAUCCAGUAGCUGCCUCACUUGAUGCGUGUUGCAUUAAUAAAGAAGAAAAACCAGAUAAUUGGCAAGAAAUUUUACAUGCAGUUACAUUAGGUCCAAAUGCUCAUCAUUUUCAUGCAAUAACUGCUCAUGGUCAUUGGACUCAUGUUCGCUUGAAUAUUUAUCCAGAUGGUGGUAUUGCUCGACUUCGUGUUUAUGGUAUUGUUCAACCAUCCGAAGAUAAAUUUACAGAAGAAGUUGAUUUAUUAGCUCUUGAAAAUGGAGGUCGUGCUAUAGCAGCAAGUGAUGAACAUUAUGGUAAUCCUUGGGCACUAUUACGUCCUGGUCGAGGUAUUAACAUGGGUGAUGGAUGGGAAACUCGCCGACGACGUGUGCCUGGUAAUGAAUGGUGUGUACUUGCCUUAGGUAAACGUGGAAGAAUAUCUCGUAUUAUUCUCGAUACGGCUCAUUAUAAAGGCAAUUAUCCUGAUCGAUGUUUAAUUCAAGCAGCUGAUGCUACCCUGGAUAAUAGUAAAUCAUUAGUUAAUCAAUCAUUAUUUUGGGAAACAUUAUUACCUGAACAGAAAUUAAAAAUGGAUGCUAUUCAUACAUUUGAUAAAGAUCAAAUAAAUGAUCUUGGUCCAAUAACUCAUGUACGAGUUAAUAUUAUUCCUGAUGGUGGCCUUUCUCGAGUACGUCUUUUUGGUCGAGUUGAAUAA